AGUUUCUGUAAAAAUCCAUCGAUUUAUCUAGAUCAUAUCCGCAUAUUUCUUUUACAAGAAAUAAUUGCUAAAUAUCUAUAGCAACCGAUUUAUAUUAUUUUGUGUAGUUAAUCGUUAAAAAUAUGUUUGUAUUUAUUUGUAUUUUCAUUUCCUGUUCCCUUCUUUUCUAGGCCCAACAAUACCCCUUUUUACGUUAAAGUAUGUAUGGCACUGAGGACUGAGCACGUUUCCUGAGGUUAUAUUAUUGCGCAUGCUCGAGAUUUGUCUCAAGUACGCCGAUCCAUGCGGUUAGCACCUUGCAACGACAUAAGAUAUAGCAAGCUGACAAGCAAGACGUGUAUUCAGCCUCAAGAAAUCUCAACAUGACGACUCGUUACAUCUCCUCCGCAUGCAACACCUAUCCGCACUGCGUUGACUGGGGCAACAACGGCCUGAUCUGUUUCGGAGCGUGCAACGCGGUCGCGAUAUACGAGCCGUGCACGCACAUCGGUCGCGUCACGCACACGCUGCACCGGCAUCGCGAUCACGUCAAGUCGGUGCGAUGGAUCAGGCCGGGAGACGGCGGGCCGGAAUCGGAAUUCCUGUCAAGUUCCGCGGACGGCAGGGUGAUCAUUUGGAGCAAGAACGGCACCGAUGACACUUUUCGGGAUACCACGACGGUGGACAUGGGAAGCAACGUCUACUUCGCCGACUGCCUCCAAUUGUCUGACGUUGCACUUGCCACAUCGAAUUUCCCACAACUACUGAUUUGUGCAGGUUCGCUCGACAGUGAGAUAAAAGUGUGGUUGAGAGAGGAGGACGGAAGCGUCAAAACCGUUCAGAGUAUCUUCUUCCAGCCUAAUCUGAUUAUACACGGUCGCCUGGCAUACCUGCCGACCACCAAACGUCCCCUCUUGGCUGUGGCAUUAAGCGAUUGUUCCAUUUUGCUGUACACCAGAGAUUCGGAUGUACCAGAAUCGAAUUUCGUAAAGGUCCAGUGCUUGACUGGACACAAAAAUUGGGUACAAUCCAUGGAGUUUGCGUACAAUGACGAUGGGAAUAGCCUUCUCGCAACAGGCUCACAGGACAGGACGAUAAGAUUGUGGAAGAUUGGCAAAGCUGUUGCGAAAGAGCCCAGUGACUUGUUUCAGCCGAAACGAUACAUCUUUACAGUGGACGGUGAGGAGUACGACAUUAGCUUGGAAUCCAUUCUUUACGGUCACGAGGACCGGAUAUAUGGAGUGCAUUGGCAGCCUGUAAAGGCAGAAGACGAUAAAGAUGGACAAACUAUGAGAUUACUGUCCUCGUCGACGGACAAGUCUAUGGUUAUAUGGGAGCCAGAUGAAUCUACUGGAAUUUGGGUAGAAAAAGUACGUGUUGGAAACGUUGGUGGCAAUUCUCUUGGCUUCUACGGUUGCAAAUUUGGCCCAGAUGGCUUGCACAUACUGGGACACGGUCAGCACGAAGGCAGUUUUCACAUAUGGAGAUAUUCACAAGAAAUUGCAAAUUGGAUCCCACGAUCUGCGCCUAGCGGUCACUGUUCAAAGGUAGUCGACUUGUGCUGGGAGCCAAAAGGAAGAUUCCUCCUCACAGCUAGUACCGAUCAAAGCACGAGAAUUUAUGCGCCGUGGAAGAACGACUCUCAGGAAUUGUGGCACGAAAUAGCACGUCCUCAGCUACACGGAUACGACAUGGCGUGUCUAGUUACGUUAGCACCGUACAUGUACGCUUCCGGAGCGGAGGAGAAGGUCGUACGCAUUUUUAAGGCCACAUCGGCGUUCAGGGAUCGUUUGAGGCUGCUAGCGAGUGUCGACGACUUCGAGAUCACAAUGGCCCAUGGUGCUACUGUACCCUCGCUCGGAUUAAUGAAUAAGGCAACAUUGGAUGAAGAAGUCGAUCAGUGCAAGAGCGAAGAGGAAAAUUCGACGAGCGGCACGUACGAACCACCGGUGGAGGACGAACUAGCACAAAGUACACUCUGGCCAGAGUUGCAGAAGCUCUACGGACACGGCUACGAGAUAUUCUGCAUGGCGGCGAGGCACGACGGACAGCUGCUGGCCACAGCGUGCAGGUCAACUAGCGAGGAGCACUCGGCGAUAUUAUUAUGGAGCACCGACACGUGGUCGCAGGUCCAGCGACUGGUUUCUCAUCAAUUAACUGUAACGCAACUUGCGUUCUCCCCGAACGACAAGUAUCUCUUAUCCGUUUCCAGAGACAGGAGGUGGUCGUUAUUCAGAGAAGAGAGUGGUGAUUACGCGUUAAUCACCGCCAGCUCGAGGAAGAACAAUCCGCACUCGAGAAUAAUUUGGUGUUGCGGCUGGACGGAGGAUUCGAGUUACUUCGCGACUGGCUCGAGAGACGGCAAAGUUUGCGCGUGGUCCGCUAAGAAGAUAGAGGCCAGCCCUGAAACCCUUGUACCAGAGGCGACGCUGGACACGCAAGGCCAAUCGGUUACAGCGUUGUGUUUCGCACCGAGCCGCGCCACGCAACGACCUUCCUACAUUCUGGCGAUUGGAUACGAUACGGGUCGUAUCGCGAUCCAGAUGGUUACGAUGAACGUGGAGAACGCGUGGUUGAAGUUGAUCGAGUACGACACUUCGCAGGCACAUCACUCGACCGUGAAGAGACUCGUGUUUCGACCGAGUGAAGAACAUUCAUCCAAUAUAUUGCAAUUGGCAAGCUGUGGCUGCGAUCAUGCUGUUAAAAUACACGAUAUAGAUGCGUCGUCGUUAACCACGCCAAUAAAAACGUGAUUUUUUAUCAGAAA